CGGGCGUCUGCACGACCCUUAGUGCAGUAGACGCCAGUCGCCGGGACUCUGUACAUGUCUUCCAUCGACAUCAUAGCUGCUGCCCGUAAAAUCGCACGAACCAACGUCAAUUCUCGAACAAUAUUACCACGGUGUGAAAUUUAUUUAAGUAAUUAGAGCCGCGAAUUAUACAAUGUUGCCUCCGGAAUACGGAUUGAUGUACAAGUGAACAUCUUCGAAGCAAAGUUCGACGGCAGAUAUUCAUUCGUGUGUAAUGUGACAUUAACCAGAACAUUUUUCUCGUCAAAAAGAAUUUUAUUUCAGCUGAAAAGACAAUUACUGCACUGAAACAUAAAUUGCGAAAUUCAGAUUGUAAAUCGAGAUAUGUAAGCUGCGAGUCAAGAAGUUAUUUUUCAGUUUUCAAUUAUUUACCAUUCCCCGAGUCAUUACGAAUUAUUUACUGUGAUUUUUUCGAAUCGAUAUCGCAGAAUAAAAUUAUAUAGACAUUAGAGAAGGAUCGUAAUAUUGAGCAGUGAUGAUACAAGGUGUAAAGAUGUUGAAGAUCGUGAAAGUCGGAGCAAAUGGGCUCAGAAGAUUACAUUCUACUAACAAGAAGCGUGCUGUACCAGUGCUCAUAAGAGCCGGAAAUGCGAGAUAUCUGGACACUACUUUAGGAACUACAGCUGUGGAUUUCGAACAUUCUCAAAUACGCGAAUACAGCUUCAUUCAUGACAGCCACUAUAUGUAUACUCGAGAUCAAGAUCAAGCAACAAAUGCUGAAGAUGUCUUAUUUGACAUGUUCAAGAAUGAGGAAACCGGCCUUUUGUCAGUGGGAAAAUUUUUAGCUGCUUUAAGGAUAACCGGUUUGCGCAAGAAUGACCCUCGACUUCAGGAAUUUUCGGACCUUCUGAAGAAGGAACACGCAAAGACUGGCGGCCAUGAAGGUAUAUCACACGAAACACAAAAAUUAGACAGAGAGCAAUUCAGGAGCAUCAUAAAUCCAAAUAUCGUUUUGAUCUCGCGAGCAUUCAGGCAUCAAUUUAUAAUUCCCGACUGGGCGGGCUUUACGAAGCAUAUCGAGGAUUUUUAUUGGAAAUGCAAGACGAACACCGAGGGAAAGGUCGCCUCUUAUAUACCGCAGUUAGCCAGAAUGAAUCCGGAAUACUGGGGCGUUUCUGUGUGCACCAUCGACGGUCAGCGAUUCAGCAUCGGUGACACCUUGAUACCGUUCACUCUUCAAAGCUGCAGCAAACCAUUGACCUAUGCGAUAGCCUUGGACAGGCUGGGUCAAGAAGUAGUUCAUCAGUAUGUCGGCCAAGAGCCGUCCGGUAGAAAUUUCAACGAACUCGUGCUGGAUUAUAACAAGAAGCCACAUAAUCCGAUGAUUAACGCCGGCGCGAUUCUGAUUUGCUCAUUAUUGAAAACGUUGGUCAAACCGGAAAUGGGCCUGGCAGAGAAAUUCGACUUCACGAUGGAUUAUUUUAAACGAUUGGCCGGCGGAGAGAAUCUCGGCUUCAACAAUGCCGUUUUCUUGUCAGAGCGAGAAGCGGCUGAUCGAAAUUAUGCUUUAGGAUUUUACAUGAGAGAGCACAACUGCUAUCCGGACAAGACGAACCUGCGCGAAAUUAUGGAUUUCUAUUUUCAGUGUUGUGCCAUGGAAGCAAAUUGUGAGACGAUGUCAGUAAUGGCGGCCACGCUAGCAAACGGUGGCAUAUGUCCAAUUACUGAGGAAAAGGUUCUAAAACCGGACAGCGUUCGUGAUGUGUUGAGUCUUAUGCAUAGCUGCGGCAUGUAUGACUACAGUGGACAGUUUGCAUUCAAAGUUGGUAUACCAGCAAAAUCGGGCGUAUCAGGAAGCCUCCUAGUAGUAAUUCCAAAUGUUAUGGGAAUUUGCAUGUGGUCUCCACCUUUAGAUCCGCUUGGCAAUUCAUGUCGCGGGGUGCAAUUCUGUGAGGAGCUCGUGCGUGAAUUUAACUUUCAUAGAUAUGAUAAUUUAAAGCACGCGACGAACAAGAAGGAUCCAAGACGGCACAAGUACGAAACGAAAGGCCUCUCGAUCGUUAAUCUUCUGUUCAGCGCUGCGAGUGGUGACGUCACAGCGAUGAGAAGGCAUCGAUUGAGUGGAAUGGACAUGACUUUGUCAGACUACGACGGUAGAACCGCGUUGCACUUGGCCGCCAGUGAAGGCCACCUGGACUGUGUCGAGUUUCUGAUCGAGCAAUGUGGAGUCCUACAUAAUCCCAAGGAUAGAUGGGGUAAACGGCCAGUCGACGAAGCCGAGACUUUCGGACACAUGCAAGUGGUGGAAUAUUUGAACAACUACGCUCUUGCUUACAAGACCGAGCUGGAGAACAAACAAAACGAAUGUGUCGAUGACAACGAUUCUUGCAGUAAAACAGCAGAAACGGCAGUGCAAUCGCCAUUACCGUGAGCAAUAAGUAAUGACGAAUUUGCACGAAACUGAAGUGUUAGGAGUAUUGUGUCAGAGUGGGUAAUUUUGGAGAAUUUUAAGCUGUUGAGGAUUGAGAAAGGAGCGAGAUAAUCAAUCGUGUUAAUUCCAACGAGGCCGUAAAGAAAUAUGUUUUUACUGUGGAUGAUAAAUGCUUUUCAUAUUUUAUAUUUAUACUUUAUUAUUUGAAUAAUGCAACAAUAUAAAAUAUAUAGUGUAGAUUUUUACAUUUUAUUAAUUUGCGAAAAAAAUAUUUUUACGAUUAAUGAAUAUACAGUUUUGUCUUCUUAGCAUUUCAUAUGAAAAUUUAAUAUAAUUUUCUGUAUUAUGCUAUUACCAUAAAAGCAUCUACAUCACAGUUUUAAGGAGACAAUAAUACAAUAACUUGGCGAUCUAUAAUUUCUCAAACCCAUUAGAGUUGUGACCUUGUUCUAUUUACACGCGAUACAGUUAUCUCGGUGUUAAAUGGCACAUUCAGAUUAACAAUAACUGUGAUUGAUAUUACGUAUAUCUACAUGAUUUCUUUCCAUGAUUUAAUUUUAGUUAGCUAAAAGAAUGCGGUAAUGAAGUUUAUAGAUUUCUUCGUUAAUGUAUACUUAGUUUACUUCUACCUCGCAUACUUCACUAUUGUCAUGGGUGCAAGUUUUCUUUAAAAUCCACUUCGAUGAUUCUUCAUGUACACUUACAUUUCGAAUACGAUAAAAUUUCCAAUUUUACAUAUCAGAUCGGUAAAGAGAAAUAAAAUAUUAUCUGAGUUUUGAAAUUUAACGAAAUUUAACGUAUUUUAUUUAAUAUAUUGUAAAACAAUAAAUUUUACGUUUACAUUUUCAUUCAUUUUAAUACAUAUUUGAUGACUCAAUAGAUAUUAAUCAACCGACAUGUUAUGUCGUUAUGACGUAGCGGCGCUUGUUACUUCUUCAUUUAAUUGUGCAAAUAGUAAUUUGUUUCCGUGACGCAUAAAAUACACGCUCGAAUAACGAGCUGAUUGGGAAAUACAGAGAUGUUAUCUGAUGAAAAUUCUUUACAGCAAGAUUCACAUAAAUCGCAUUAAACAUAUCUUUCUAAAUGUGUUUUUCGACGCAUUGUAAGAUUGAGAGUACUUAAUGUUGCAUAUCUGUUGUUUUAAAUGUGCACUAAUAGCAGGACCAUAUCUUAUUCCGUGCGAGCGCCGAUGAGAAAAACAUUACUAAAUUUUCGAAAUAUAAGAACAUCAAUAUGUUCACAUAUUUGCAAAUACAUAUAUUUAUGUUUUCAUUAUUACUUUUUGUUGGGUGAGAGUAGAUAAUUUUGAUAGAGAUUGAUAUCAGAGAAUAUUAUAGUAUGAUAUAUCUCUGUAAUAUCUUCUACUAUAAAAAAAUAUAUUUAUGUCGUUCUUUCUAUUUACCAUAGGUAAAUAAUUAACGGAUAACGCCAAUUCCGAGCGUGAUUGUACAAUUCCUUCUCAGUGUAUGAGCGGAUCGCUUGUUAUCACUGUAUUCUUGUUAUCAACAUCGUGCUAUAACUGUGUCGACAGACGUAAAGGCUGGAAAAGUCAAUUUUUCGCAGUGCGUUUCGCAAACCCCUUGCAAAUCAAGAUUUGUGAUUGCGCUAACUGUAGCAAUUGUCUAUAUAUUCCACGUGUAUUAGACAACUAUUUUCGAGUAGUAGCUAGGAUCGCUUUACGUAGAGGAAAAUCUAAUCUUAUAUUUUCAAACGAACAAAAGAUGACAAUAAUGAUACUGCUAUUAUCAAGAGAACGUCUUUACGUGAGAGGUGGACAUGUGAUUCUGCAAUCCAUCGCAUUCUAUUGAUAAUGCAAUACAGAAUUCAUAUACGUAUAACUACGGCUUAUUUCGAAGGGAGUGUAUGAUCUUUUUAUACAAUUUAUUUGUAAGAAUUAGUUACUGUAUUAGUAGAUGUGCCAUAAGCUAUAUUGUAAAAGAUUCUUACGCACUUUUCUAUGAUUCUCAAAUUCACAAUUAUAUUAUAAUUGUGUUAUAAUUUCUUAAUUGCGAUUCGCAAGGGUCGAUAAUCUUUAACUCACUAUUUUCUAGAUCUUAGUUUAUAUCUUAAUUUAUAGUUGUGUAAUAUAAUUAUGUACAUUUAUAGAAGUUUAUAUAAUUUUUCAGUCAACAAAAUUAUAAUGAUGCGUCCAUCUAUGUAUUUGCUCUAUCUAUAAAAUAAAUUAAUAAAAUAUUUAAAGAAACAAUAAA